AUGAGUAUUGAUUAUAAAGUAAUAGCCAAUACUGUUGCUGAGUGGUGCACUAAUGAUAACUUCUUUGAAUUACGCACAAGCAAACAAUUGUGCACAAUAUUUGACAAUGCUGUUCUCACAUCACAACAAUUCAACGAAAUCUCUACACGAAUUCAAAAAUAUUAUGAUUUAUCAGAUAUAUGCAAAAUCUUGCAGCAUGUCCAUAUCAACUUCGAGAAUAAUAAAUCUGAUGCAUUUUAUGUUUUAGAUUCAAUUUCGCAAACCUUCAAAUUUCAAUUCAUAUCAGACCUUAAAUCAGUCAUACAGCCAACAACCAACAAAACAGCUUCUAAAAGUGAAAAGAGAAUAGAGAAAAUUAAAAAAAUGGAAGGGAAAAUAGACUUUCAUAAGAAUUUUUACAAACUAUACCAUAUUUUAUGUGAAGCUUGCAAAUUUGAUGAUGAAGAAACAAUCAAAUUUGCAAUAAGUGGCGGAUACCUUCAAAAUCGUGCUCCAGGAUUUGAUGUCGAAUCUGACUUUAGUAUGAAUAUUCCACUUCUUGCUGCAAAACACGAUAAUCUUGGAAUGCUGAAAACUCUUCAAAAAUAUGGAGCAGAUAUACGAGGAUCUAGUAAUGCGCUAGAUACAAUUCUUCACCAGUUUUGUAAAAAUGGAAAUCUUGAAGGUGUUAAAUUUGCUUUAGAGUUUAUAGAUGUAAAUAUCUUGGAUAGAUAUUAUUUUACUCCUCUUCAUUUUGCGAAUAUCUUUGUUCAUUUCCAUCAAUCAAAAAGGAUAUAA